CAGCCUUCAAAACAAAGCCCAAGCUAGUAUCGAUUUUACAAUUUCGGGCCGUAGAAGUGAAUCAUAAUCAGAGAUUUUUGACCAACCAUGGCGCUGUACGACGAUUUGGACACAAAGCAUGGCCCGGACAAGGUGGCUGGCUGGUCAUCGGGCAUAAAACUACUGCAGACUCAGCUGCAGGUGAAGAAGGUCAACCAACCGGCCAUCACACCGAAAGCAAUAAUGAGAAAACCAAUGGCUGGCAAGAUACUCACCCCCGUUGUGUUGAAAGCAAGGAAGGAACCAUCCACGGAACAAUCGUUUGUGGCCACCGUAGGCAACACCAACAGUGGUGUCGAUAUUCCAGGUUCCGUGUCGAUUGAAACGACGAUAAAGCAGGCAAAACCUAUUACGAUCACGACGACCAACCCGAUACCAAAUCCCAUCAGCUUGGCCGCAUCCGAUGACUAUAGCUGGGACGUGGUGGACGAGUACGAUCCGAUGUGGCCAAACGAGUACGACAAAUUGGUGAAAGAUCGAAAGGUCAAGGAACCGCCUAUCAAACCGUUGCAGGGUAACUUCGGCAGAAACAGGCGCGAAUACAAGCGUUCGUUUGGCAUGAGAACGAAUAAUACACCUACGCCUGGGCUGGGUGCCGCUCCGGAAGAAGAGGGACCGGGAGCGAAAAAGUACAGUGGCUUUGCCGGCCGACCAUCGUCUGACGAUGAGGAAGAAUUCCGUCCCGGACAAAGCCGACCGACUGGAGCGGCCAUUGCCCCACCACCGUCCUUACAAGAAUCUACCGGUGGCCCUAUACCUGAAGGAUCAAAAGUUUCCCAGCUCGCGGCAUACGGUGGAAGCUCGGUAGCGGCAAAAAUAAUGGCAAAAUACGGUUUCAAAGACGGACAAGGAUUGGGCAAGCAGGAACAAGGCAUGGCGGUUGCUCUGCAGGUGGAAAAAACCUCCAAGCGUGGCGGUAGAAUUGUGCACGAAAAGGAUAUUCCGCUGACCGUGACACCCUCCAGUGUCGCGGCCAGUGCAACAGAGACGGCACCCAACAUGUCACCGCCGAAUGCCGGCCAAACACAGGAACCUUCCAUCACCGAGAUUAUGAAAUCUCCCAGCAAAGUGGUAUUGCUUCGGAACAUGGUUGGGCCGGGCGAUGUGGACGAUGAACUCGAACCGGAGGUAAAGGACGAGUGUAACACCAAAUACGGUGAUGUGGUCACGGUGAUAAUACACGAAGUUCCUAACGUCGUUCCCGAGGAAGCGGUUCGAAUUUUCGUCGAAUUUAAACGAAUGGAAAGUGCGAUCAAGGCGGUAGUUGACCUGAACGGUCGGUUCUUCGGUGGCCGACAGGUGCGGGCCGGUUUCUACAAACAGGACAGGUUCGAAAAUAUGGACCUUGGCGGGUAACUUUUUAUGCGACCGACAAAACUACGCGAUGUAUGUGUGUGUGUGGGUAUCUAGAACUAGUAACAGGAAUGUUUCUGUUUGAUAAGCAAAAAAUCACGCAUAACCUAUUGGAGUUCCAUUACGUGGGUAAUUAUGGUAUGAAAAACAAAAAUAUAACCCAUUCUUUCUCCUAAUCAAACACUCGUCUACGGUAGCACCAAGCAAUCAAGCGAUUAUAUUCUAGUUUGUGAACA